UUGUUUACUGUCUGAGCGUGGAGGGGGGCGCUAAUGUCUCCGAUAAUAUCAUAAACAUGCAAAAUCUAUUCACUCUCCGUCCGAGAAAUACUUUCACAAUGCCGCAGCGCCGCAAACACAUGCCGUGACAACCGCUGGUAUUGGAAAGACUUGAACACUUUUACAUUUUUCGGUCCGCGAAGCUGGAACUAAAACUUCGAUCAAAACAUGGAGCUGCCUUACCGACGUCUUACCCAUCAGUGCUAAUGUUAGCACUGCGAGCUAACAGCUGGUCAGUCUCUCAGAUAAAGAGGAAUUGAGAAUCGUUUUCAUCAAUCGUGUUGUGUUGCAACCUGUUCUUGGUCGCACAGCAGAGAGCUUCGAUUAUUUGCAAAUAGGACAAGCCGUUAAUCUGUAUCUAAAGGUAAACACGUAGCUUUCUCUUUAGCUUAGCAGCUGUUAUUGUCUGUUUAUAGUAGUGCCAAAGUAAAGCUAGCUAACUAUCCUUAUAUUUGUUGAUGAAUGGGGUGGAGCGGUUAGUAGUAUUGUCACGCAGGCUAGAAUCACGUUUCAGUUUAGGAAGACGGUGUCAGACAAAAUGGUGUUAAGGAGUUGCUGGAAGUCUCGACAUAAAAACAGCUGUGGACCUGCUGGUUGGAUCCGACCAGCCCUGCUCUGGUUCUGUGUGACCCAGUGUGUUUGCGGCAUUGGGGCGGUGGAGGAGAGCAAAAAUGUGGUCCAGAAAGAUGCCGAGUUUGAUGUGACAUACAAUGACACUGUAACAAGUCAGAACCAGACCAUCUAUGCUUUUAAUCACACUAUCUCCAGGAACAAGACGGAGGGAGUUCGUGUGACUGUGGACGUGUUGUCACGAGGUUCUGAUAGUCCCAUAUUGUUUGUGGUACGACAGAAGCAAGCUGUGCUGUCGUUUCAAAUCCCUCUCAUUUUAAGAGGCCUAUACCAGAGAAAGUAUCCCUACAAUCAUGUGGGCCGGACAUUAUGCCAGCCUCCGACCCGGGCCCCCUCAGAGAACCAGUUCUUCUUUGUGGACGUGUCCACCCUGUCCAGCCAGGGAACAAACUACCAGCUCAGGGUCAGCCGUGUUGAAAGCUUCACCCUGCAGACGGACACAAAAUUCAGCUUCACUGCGUCACCCUCCCAACCUCAGUACUUCAAGUAUGUCUUCCCAGACGGGGUGGACACUGUGAUCGUCAAGGUCAACUCGGACAUGACCUUUCCCUGCUCCGUUAUGUCCAUCCAGGACAUCCAGUGUCCAGUCUAUGACCUUGACAACAAUGUGGCCUUCAUUGGGAUGUACCAGACUAUGACCAAAAAAGGCGCCAUCACAGUGCAGAGAAAAGAUUUCCCCAGCAACAGCUUCUAUGUGGUGGUAGUGGUAAAAACAGAGGACGAGGCGUGUGGCGGUCCGCUGCGAUUCUACCCUCUCCGUCCUGAUGAGCUCAUCGACGCCGGCAACCGCAGCAAGCUCAUCGAUGUGGUUGUCACCCCUGCUAUCAACUCGGAGGUGUAUGUGAGGGGCAUGCUGUUCAUUCUGGGCAUCUUCCUCUCCUUCUAUCUGCUCGUAUUGCUCAUGACCUGUGUGGAGAACAAGCGAAUGAAGAAGAGAGAGGUGUUUCAGAUUCCUGCUGACAUGUCGCCCGCGGAAACAGCCUCUCUGCUUGGGAAGAACGGAGAUGGCCAAACUGCAGCCUCACCGUAUGAAUAUGGAUCCUUUGCUGACAACGGUAGCACUCUCAGUUCAGAGGCCAUCACUGACAGCGCCACAUCCACUGACAACAACUAUGGAUACAUAGAGCGAUCGCUGGACGGUGUUGGACGAAGCAGGCACGAGUCUCUGAGCUCUGUGGAGGAGGACGACUAUGACACGCUGGACGAUAUCAACUCAGACAAAAACAUCGUCCGCACCAAGAAAUAUCUAUGUGUGUCUGACCUGUCCCGCAAAGACAAGAGGAUUCUGAGCAAGAAAUACCAAAUCUACUUCUGGAACAUUGCUACUAUUGCUGUUUUCUAUGCACUGCCAGUCGUCCAGCUGGUCAUCACCUACCAGACGGUGGUGAAUGUAACAGGAAACCAGGACAUCUGCUACUACAACUUCCUGUGUGCCCACCCUCUGGGAGCUCUGAGUGCGUUCAACAACAUCCUCAGUAACCUCGGUUACGUGCUGCUGGGAUUCCUCUUCCUCCUUAUCAUCCUCAAAAAAGAUAUCGUCCACAAUCGAGCCCUGUUCCGCAACGAUUUGAACGCGCUGGAAUGUGGUAUCCCAAAGCACUAUGGUCUGUAUUACGCCAUGGGAACGGCUCUGAUGAUGGAGGGUCUGCUCAGCGCAUGCUACCACGUCUGUCCCAACUACACCAACUUCCAGUUCGACACCUCCUUCAUGUACAUGAUUGCUGGGCUGUGUGUGUUAAAGUUGUAUCAGAAGAGACACCCAGACAUCAACGCAAGUGCUUACACUGCAUACGCCUGCCUGGCCGGGGUCAUCUUCUUCUCUGUGCUGGGAGUGGUAUUUGGGAAAGGAAACACGGUCUUCUGGAUUGUUUUCUCUGUGAUCCACAUCCUGGCCACCAUGCUCCUCAGCACACAGCUCUACUACAUGGGCCGAUGGAGGCUGGACUCUGGGAUCAUGCGCAGGAUGUUGAACAUCCUCUACACAGAUUGCAUCAGACAGUGCAGUGGACCCAUGUACAUUGACCGUAUGGUUCUGCUCGUACUGGGAAACAUAAUCAACUGGUCUCUCGCUGCUUUUGGACUCCUAGAGAGACCCAACGACUUUGCCUCCUACCUGUUGGCCAUCGCCAUCUGCAACCUGCUGCUCUACUUUGCCUUUUACAUCAUUAUGAAGUUGAGGAGCGGUGAGAGGAUCGGGUGUCUGGCGUUGGUGUGUAUUCUGUUCACAGCCGUGGUGUGGGGCUUUGCGCUGUUUUUCUUCUUCCAGGGUCUCAGCACCUGGCAGAAAACUCCAGCGGAGUCUCGCGAACACAACCGGGACUGCAUCCUGCUUUCAUUCUUUGAUGACCACGACAUUUGGCACUUCCUCUCCUCCAUCGCCAUGUUCGGAUCCUUCCUGGUCCUUCUGACUAUGGACGACGACCUCGACACCGUCCAGAGAGACAAGAUCCUCGCCUUCUAGACGUGUCAGAUCGUCUGAGCUCAGCUCUUCCUCUCUGCCUUAUCGCCCUCGUCUCGCUCCGUUCUCAGCUCCUUCAUGUUCUUCAAAAAAAGCACAGCCAGUAGCCGGUUUUUCCCAGGCUGCACGGCGGGCAUCUCUCUGCCUGCAGGCCUCAGCCAAUCAGCCGGUCAGAGAGGGGGCAGUAGCUCCACCCUCCCUCCGUUUGUAUGGACACUUGUAUGUGCCAAUAAAAAGACUGAGUCAACGUCAAGUGAUGCUGAAGUGUUUUGUCCUCUCGCUGCCAUCAUCAAUAUAACUGUUGUGAUCAGUGUUUACUUCCUGCUGUUGAUGAAAAUGUAAACACUCGCUCAAAGAAACUAUCAGAAUUAACUUAUUUUAUACUGCAUUACAUUUGACUCACAAGUCAGCAAUGCAUUUUGAAUUCACUGUUUUUAUGCUGUGUGCCUGUGUGUGUGUGUGUGAGAGAAAAUGAGUUUUGUCUAGUCUGUCAGUGGCCUUUUGAUGUUCUAAUCAUGUAAGUCACAUACUGUGCUCUGAUUGGUCAGAUCCUCCAGCUACCCGUCCUUCUCAUUGGAGAAUAUCAAUAUAAUGAUGAUGAUUGUAUUUCCUUCAUGACUGCCCUCAAGUCUGGAUGCGAUGUUAUUUUUUACUCUGCACUGUAUGAUAAACAGAUUAAAUGUCUAAUAUUGCAAUGAGCGGUUAUUGAAUAAAAGUCUCAUUUUCAGGAUCGUUUUCUGGCUCCUUCCUGAACGUUCAGUUAGCGACUCCUGAACCAGAUGUUCUGUCAUCUAUAAACCUGAUAGAAUGGUAGAAACUCAUAAAGUGAUCACUGCCAUUUAAGUGGUAUUAUAACCAUUUUAUUCAGCAAUGUUGUCAUUACUAUGUUAUUUGUUUAUGGCAAGAAUAUCGAGUAAUGAAAGUGCCAGCUUUGCUAUUCACCAAAUUGUAAUGACUGUUUCAGAACAUUUACUACUACUGUGUAAAACUGGAAUACACUGUAAUACAGGCUAUAGCCUAACACAGUAUCGUGCUGCUAACAAAUAAAGUAACGUUAGAAGUGCAAAA